CUAAACAUCCGCCGGUCUCAGCCGUCUGAAGCUGCGCAGCAACAGCCAAUAGCAGCAAGCUACCUCAACAAACAAACAAAACCCAAUGGGCUCCUUGUCGUCCCCUCCGAAUUGGUACCACUCUUUUCUCUACAUCACCUUCAUCAACGCCCUCCUCUUCUUCCUCCACUCCCAAAUCCCUCACAGAUUACUCAUAGGCCAUCAACCCGUAAGACUCAAGAAGAACAGCCCGAAUUUCCCUCUUCGCUUCCGCUCCGAUGGCACCUUCAAGAUUCUCCAGGUGGCGGAUAUGCAUUAUGGGAAUGGAGGGUUGAGUCGGUGCCGAGAUGUGUUGUGGUCAGAGUUUCUGACGUGUUCGGAUCAUAACACGUCGCUGUUCCUGAGGAAAAUGAUUGAAGCUGAAAAGCCCGAUUUCAUUGCUUUUACAGGUGACAAUAUAUUUGGUUCAAGCUCUAUCGACGCUGCUGAAUCAAUGCUUCAAGCAUUUCGUCCUGCCACUGAAUCAGGCAUUCCGUGGGCAGCAGUUUUGGGAAAUCACGACCAAGAAUCUACAAUGGUUCGUGAAGAACUCAUGUCAUUUCUAUCCCUUAUGGACUAUUCACUUUCACAAGUUAAUCCAUUAGCUGAAGAUUCCUUAGGAGAAAGGAUGCAAGACAUUGAUGGCUUUGGAAACUAUGAUCUGAGAGUAUAUGGUGCCCCAGGUUCCUACUUGGCAAAUAGCAGCAUCCUCAACCUUUUCUUUCUUGACAGUGGAGACCGAGAGAUUGUAAAUGGAGUACGAACUUAUGGUUGGAUCAAGGAAUCACAACUCCGUUGGCUCCAUGGUGUUUCACAGGGCCACAGUCCAGAUCCAGCUCACUCAGAAACUGCUUUUCCUCCAUACAAACCACCGGCACUUGCUUUUUUCCAUAUCCCAAUUCCUGAGAUCAGGCAGCUGUGGAAUAAAGUCAUUGUUGGCACGUUUCAGCAAGGAGUGGCAUGUUCAUCAGUGAACCCGGGAGUAUUGCAGACCCUUGUAUCCAUGGGAGAUGUGAAAGCCGUGUUCAUGGGACAUGAUCAUACCAACGACUUCUGCGGGAAUCUUGAUGGUGUUUGGUUCUGUUACGGUGGGGGCUUUGGGUAUCAUGGUUAUGGACGGACGGGGUGGCCAAGAAGAGCUAGGGUCAUGUUGGCUGAACUCGGGAAAGGAGAGGACAAAGGCUGGAGGGGAGUUGAGAGGAUUAGGACAUGGAAGCGUCUUGAUGAUGAGAAACUGAGCAAGAUUGAUGAGCAGUUCUUGUGGGAAUACCGUCCAUCACAAUAGUGCAGCCUUGCAGGUACAGAACUGUCAUAAUGUAGUGUGUUGUAUAUCCUCUCUCAGUAGUGUUGUCAACUUUUACCUUUCUUUCUGUCCCAAAAGGGAAUUGCCCCCUCCCCCCAGUGCAACUCAAGAAUGUACAAAAGGAAACAGUUGCAUUAGAAUUCUUUCUUUCAUGUAAACAAAACCUCUUGUUUGUAAUUUGAGGUUAUAAGUUUGUUGUGACAAAGAAGUCUGAAACUUACUUGAACUGCAGAUUGAUUACCUCUUGUUGAAGAUACCAAA